AUUCCAGCAAUGUCCCGAGCGUGCGUUGUUGGCGCCGGAGCGGCGGGGCUGUGUGCGGCCCGACACCUGCUCGCAGAGAGCUGCGUGUCCCAGGUGGACGUGCUGGAACAGUCCCGACAAGUUGGAGGGACCUGGGUGUACACCGAACACACGGGAUAUGACGACUUCGGGCUGCCCAUACAUACCAGCAUGUACAAGAGUCUCAGAACCAAUCUGCCCAAGGAGAUCAUGGGGUUCCCUGACUUCCCGAUCCCGGAAAGCGACAAGUCGUACCUGCCCUCCAAGGACAUGCUGGCCUUCCUGCAGAUGUACGCGGAGAAACAUGGAGUCACGGAACAUAUCAAAUUCAAACAUCACGUUCAGCUGAUCAAGCCCCGAGCUACCCCCUCUGGCGAGGUCUGGGACGUGAGCUACAAGAACUUGGUGACCGGGGUCUCAGAGACCAAGGAGUACGACUACGUGUUCGUCUGCAACGGCCAUUACAACACGCCGUUUAUACCCAGUAUACCGGGGCUUAAGGAGUUUGAAGGAGACGUAAUGCACAGCCACGACUACCGCGUGCCAGACAUCUUCGCCAACAAGCGCGUGCUCGUGGUCGGCGCCGGUCCCUCCGGCAUGGACAUCGCGCUAGAAGUCACCUACGUAGCCACCCGCGUCAUACUGAGCCACCACCUCACGGAGAAGCCGAGGACCGUGUUCCCGGACAAUCUGGUGCAGAAGCCUGAUAUUGAGAGGCUGGAAGGGAGGAAGGUGGUGUUUGUGGAUGGAAGCGUUGAGGAGGUGGAUGUCGUCUUCCUUUGCACUGGCUACCUGUACAACUUCCCGUUCCUGCACCCGUCGUGCGGCGUGGUGGUGGACGACAACUGCGUGGAGCCGCUCUACAAGCAUCUCGUCAACAUUCGCCAUCCGUCCAUGUGCUUUGUGGGCAUACCGUAUUACGUGUGCGCCUUCUCAAUGUUUGAUUUACAGGUCCGGUACUACAUGAAUCAUAUCAACGGCACCUUCAAACUACCCUCACAAGAGGCGAUGACACGGGAUUGCGAAGAAGAGAGGCUAGACCGAAGGGCGCGAGGGCUCACCAAGCGGCAGACGCAUAUGAUGGGGCCAGACCAGGCGGAGUACUACUUCUCCUUGUCGACUGAGAGUGGAGCUGCGCCCCUCCCGGCGGUGUUCACGAUGAUCCAUAACGACAGCAGCCAGAAAUUUUUGGAUGACCUCAUCCACUAUCGCCAGGACGUCUACUGCGUUAUUGAUGAUGAUCAUUUUGUUUGUUAUACUAAAUCUUAAGAAUAUUUUUGAUAU